CUUCGACGGUGGUCAGAUUUGAAGUGCGAUCAGGUCUCCUUGGAAGAAAAUCAGGAAACGAAGGGAACUCGUUGUUGAUUCUCACCCGAGUGUGAUAUAUAAAACAAUUCAAGUGAUUCAUCCAUUUUGUAUACAAAUCCUCAGAGUUAGCAUCUCCCGCCGCUACGUAGAGCUUCGCAAUACGUAUGAUAAGAAGUGCGAGAUACUUGCUUUCUACCAAACUUUGCUAAACAGUGACUUGUAUGAUUGACGCCACCUAUAGUGACGAUGGAGAACGCGAUGAAAAACCACGACGAAAGCAGCAAAGCGACGAAGAGGAUGAGGACCAGGAAAAGCAAACAGGAGCUCGACCAACUUCGGCGAGACGUUUUAGUCGCAAAUAAAUUACUGCGUGACGAAUCCGCUCCACCAAAAGCUCACACUUCAACAUUCACAAAGGUUCUCAACAAAUUCGCCGAGCGGAGACAAGCAAUCGAUAACGAUAUUCAAGGUUUGGACAGCGCUGGAAAAAGGACCGGAAAGAAGAAGAUGUGUCACAGACUUCUACCGUUAAGAAACCCGGAAGUCGGCAUUUUUGCAAACGGAUCGAAAGGUGCUGAAAUAAAAAGGGAAAAUCUCGCCUUAACCGAAUCAGAUAAAGCACGCAUCGAAAGUGAUCUUCAGAAGCUUUUGCACCAUGGGGUACGGAGAUCAAAGAGAUUGAAAAGCCAAGCUGCAAAUAAACUCCAACAAAAAUGUCAGGAAACUGUUGAGAAAAAUGAGUCGGAUUCACCGGAAAAUCAGUCCGAUGAUAACGUUUUAGAAACAAAUCCUGCGCCAGUCGUCACUAGUAAAAAACCUAAUGGCAAAAGAAGGUUGCAAGUCCCCAUCGAGCAAGAUGGAAAUACGAAGAAAGUAUCUAAUGCGGAAAUGCAUGAUACAAAAACUAUUGCAAAACAGUUGAAAACUGAUAACAAGAGGAACAAUUCGGCUGGAAAAAAGUGUAAGAGAAGCCUGUUUCAAGAUGAAAACGACGAUUCGGAUCAUCCAAUUCACUUACCAUGCGUUGAAGACUUGCGAUUUUCUCCGACUCUUGGCAAGGCUAAAGUUAAAAAGGAAUCCGGAGAGCCAAAGUCAAAACCUGCUAGUCGGAAAUUAAAUUUGAAUUGCGCCAAAGUUGGAAAAAAAGUGAUUACCGCCAAGUACCAGAAACUUUGCGCAGUUGUUUCUGCCCAAAGCUUCACCAAUUGUCUUAAGCAAACGCCUCAUGUCGAUCCAAGGACAAAAAUCAAAAAGUCUCUAGGUACCUUGUACUCCGUUAGCCGACAGCAAAAGAUGCUGGUUCAAAAGCGUCCGACGAAAGUUUCGAAGGCGAAUAUCAAAAACAGCAAACAUUCUCGUCGCCAGACGCCUCUGGAAGACCAACCGUCGACUUCCAAUUUUAAAAUCGAUAUUGUACAUCAGGCCAUAAAACUUGAGGCCCCUGCGAUCACUGUCAAGACGGAACCGACCGGGAACAGUCAUCAAAACGCCUCCACUUCAUCGGAGACAAGCAUAAUUGCGGAAUGGGAAACAAACUCUUUGAGGGUGAAUUACGACAGUGUCGGUGCAACUUUAAAAUCAGAAAUAACCGAGUCUUCGGGGACCACCGACACAAGUUGUGAAAAAGUCCAGCAACAAUGUACAAAAGAGCGUAUCGUUGAAAGACCGACGUCUACAACACCCAGCCAAGAACGAAGCAAAUUUCUCAACGAGAAAGAAAACCAGUUGACCCAAGCUCCGUCACUCCGUAAGAAAAUUCUGCAGAGAUAUCUGCAAGAGACGAACAAUUCAGGUUCUUUUCCGUCGCGAAAAUCAGAAGAGGAAGUCACUUCCACUGUUAAAUCGGAAGUCAAGCCUCGAUGCUUCCAGACCGUAACAAGAGCAGCAAAUUCGGCAACUGUCAACUGUCCGGAUACUCGUCAAAACUUUGAUAACGUACCUGGACCAUCAAAGAACAAUUUGAGCAGCGCGUCGAGUUCGACGCUGCCGAAAUUUCCAUCAGCGCGGAAAAAGUUGAUGAUGCGCUACCUGCGGGAGGUUAGCAAUCAGGACAGGCCGAAUCCUUUCACGGAAACACUCGAGGAGAAUCAGGAGCAUCGAUGUUCGAACAAAGAAACUGCCUCUGCUACUCUGGGUUCAAGCCCGAGUACCAAGAAGAUACUCGUGAAACGAUAUCUGCAAGAAGUGAACAGCCAAGAAGAACAACCGGCGAUCUCGAAAGCGUCGGAAUCAAACGCAGAAAAGCGCUGUUUCGGCGAUGAGGCCCAGAGACCGGAGUUCGGACUUCAGAUGCCCAUAAAAGUUGAGACAGUCGCUGAUUCCUUGACCGUGAACUGCGAUAGUGACGAAAAUUCUCAUUUUGCUAAAGAAAAUCUGGAUCCGCGACUGCCGCAAGUCCCGGAGAUGCGCAAGGCGAUAUUACAACGGUUUCUGCAUGACGUGGAGGUCCAGAAUAUGGAGAGACAGCAAGUCGAGACGGCGGAAAAUUUUUCGGUAGGAUCAGCGCGUCACAUGCCGGUGAUUCUACGAAGAUCGCAGCGAGAGAGGGUUUGGCACAGGCCUUCGAGCGAGGAUGAAAUCGGUCAAGAUUUCGGGGGAAUCACCAUAAGCCACGAAGAACCGGAAGUCAUGCCGACACCCGCUGUCGUAAACGCGCUUUACGAACUGAAUGAAUACCAAUCGAGAACCAGCUGCGAUUUUUCGGAAACGAAUUUAUACCACACAAUUCCACCUUACAAUUAUCAUGUGGAACAUUUCCAGACAAACGGAUUUUCCGGUCAGGAUCGGGACUACGAAAGGUUUCCAGUUUUCCCGAAACGCAGCAACUCCUCGUCGACUGCAAAUUCUGACGAGUUGCCGCAUAUUGCGCCCCAAAAUGAACCGCAUCAAGUGCACCAACUUCAGGUCUUCGGAGCCAGUGAACAAGUCGAGCUGCUGCACCGUAUGCACGAGCAAAACGUGCGGUCACAAAUGUUCCAGUUGCCGAGAAGCGAAUUCCAUAACAUUUCUACUAGCUUAAUGCAGCCGCCGAACCUCGCGCCGCCCGAUUCUGGAGUUACUUAUCACUGGCCGCCGCCUCCUGCAAUUUUGAAUAUACCUGCGCGAAGCUACUCGGAGGAACGCUUCGAGAGAAGAUUGAAUUUCGUUGUUCCUUUCGAGCAAACCGAGUCGAUUUCCCAUAACACGAUCAUCAAUCCGCUGUACAGAUCAGCCGUUCUUGAAAAUCUCCCAUACCCGCAGAACUUUAGCCCAAUGUUGGAAGAACUUCGGAAUUAUAACUAUCAAUUGCUUAUUGAUUCCGGAUAUGCUCACGCCGCUUUCUUCAACAGUCAGAUUGGUGAAAACGCCGGUCGAUAUUAUCAGCAUGUUACACAGCCGAUUUAUAACGUUACUGAUGUUCAUCCUCCGCAACAAAGCCAAGUACUGCCAGAUUAUUCUCCUAGCGAUGACUAGACAAACGAUAUAAGGUGACAGUAACAAUAACAAUACAACAGUGCAUAGUAAAUGUUUCGCUAAUAUGUAUUAUAAUUUGUACCCGUCUUGAAUUAUUUUAUCGGCCGAAUCACCGUGUCGGCAUUUAAUUUUCAAUUACCUGGAAUAAACGUAACUUGUACGCAAUAUUUUGCCAACAUCGAAGACGGUUUAACGUGUUAUUUAUACUAGAGGAAAAAAAAAACGGCAAAAGUUGAAAAAUUGCAAAAAUUUGACAUAAAUACGUUAUCAGAAUUGACGAAUAAUCGAUACAUUUAAUUUCUUAUUAUUAUUAUUAUAAU